UGCACUCUCUAUUUCUGCCGCCAUUCUUCACGAGCCGUCGAAAGAAACGAAUCGUCCAGAAAAAGCUACAUGCAACACUAAACCCUACUCGCCGCCGUCGUCACCGCUGCCGAGCCGGUUUCUUCCCCCCCUUUGCGUUAUCGGCGAUGGCUGAACUGGCGAUUCCGGCCCCCGGGCACGGCUGCGCUCCAGCUUCCUUCAAGAGCGUCUUCAUCGACACCAACCUCGACACUCGCUUGGCCGUGACGAUCUCUUCCUCUGUCACCGUCGCCGAUCUUAAGAAAAAGAUCAUGGAUGAGCAUCCGCUGUGUUUCCCUAAGCUUGGAGAAAUAAAAGUCGAUGGAUUGAAGGUUGAAAGGAGAGGGUUUUACUAUCACUUGGCAGAGUCAAUGCUUGUGACAAAUGCCUUUGAUGGGCUUAAGGAAGAUUGGUUUGUUAGUAUUGAAGCUUCUACGGUAUCCGUGGAUAAGGAGGUUGAGCCUGAAAUGGCUAACUUAGCCUUAAUGAGAAUGAACAAUGGUUUGGAGGAGGAAGGUGUUAAUGUUGUUUUAGAUAGGCAUCACAAUGUUAUGUUCGAAAGGGAUUUGUUGGUUUCUCAGAAGGAGAGCAAUGACCUUUGUGUCGAAGUUGCUCGGGGAGCUCAACUUGUUGGUGGUGAUGAUUGUGGUGACCAAGUUUUGUCAAUGGUGCCGUUGGUUAGUGAUGAAGUUGUUAGAGAAGAGAAAUGUGAUGAAGAAAAAACUCAGGAUAUGAAUGUUGAAAAUACAGCAACUGGGAAAGAUUUGAGUAAGAUUGACGCAAGCAGUGUAUUGCCAGAAGGAACUUCUGAUGUGAAGGAAAAACGUAAGAACAGAAAGAGAAGGAAAAAGGUUGUAGAUGAUCUUUCUGGUAAAAAUGUUGAUGUGUCCAUGCAAAAGUUGGUAACAAAGGGAGGAGAGGAAGGGAUUAAACUAUCCAAGACUACUGCGUCGCAGGAAAGAAGUGAAGUGGACAUUGGUGAUAUGCAGAUCAUUGUUUCAGAAAAGGGUUCGUUAGUUUGUCAAAAGGAGAGCACUGACCUUCUUGUUGAAGUUGCCCGGGGAGCUCGUGGUGAUGAUUGUGGUGACCAAUUUUUGUCUAUGGUGCCAUUGGCUACUGAUGAAUUUGUUAGAGACAAGAAAUGUGACGAAGAAGAUACUCAGGAGAUGAAUGCUGAAAGAACAACAAUUGGGAAAGAUUUCAUUAAGAUUGACACAAGCAGUGUAUUGCCAGAAGGAGCUUCUGAUAGGAAGGAAAAACGCAAGAAGAGAAAGAGAAGUAAAAAGCGUGUAGAUGAUCUUGCUGGUAAAGAUGUUGAUGUGUCAAUCCACAAGUUGGGAACAAAGGGAGGAGAGGAAGAGAUUAAACUAUCCAAGACUACUGGUUCGCAGGAAAGAAGUGACGUGGUUAUUAGAGAUAUGCAGAUCAUUGUUUCAGAAAAGGGUCCGUUGGUUUCUCUAAAGGAGAGCACUGACCUUGUUGUUGAAGUUGCCCGGGGGGCUCAACGUGUGGGUGAUGAUGAUUGUGGUGACAAAGUUUUGUCGAUGGUGCCGUUGGUUAGUGAUGACUUUGUUAGAGAAGAUAACUGUGAUGAAGAAAAAGUUGAGGAGAUGGAUGGCCAAAGAACAGAAAUUGGGAAAGAGUUGAGUAAGAUUGAUGCAAGCAGUGUAUUGCCAGAAGGAGCUUCUGAUGUGAAUGGAAAACGUAAGAAGAGAAAGAGAAGUAAAAAGGGCGCGGAUGAUCUUUAUGGUAAUAAUAUUGAUGUGUCAAUGCACAAGCUGGGAGCAAAGGGGGGAGAUGGGGAUAUUAAACUACCUGAGACUACUGCUUUGCAGGAAAGAAUUGAAGUGGACAUUGGUGAUAUGCAGAUAACUGUUUCAGAAUCUAAUGCAAUGACCUGUCAAUUGGCAAGCCAAAGCUUGGCGAAGAAGAAACGAAAAAUAAAGUCUUUUAAGAAAGUAGAUACAGAAAAUGUUGGAAGAACUCCUGGUGAAGCGAAUGCUGGUGAAGAGGUACCUCUGAAGGUAGCUGGAAUUAAAAGUGGUACUGUUGCUGAAGAGGCGCCUCCUUCAGAUACACAAAUGACGCAGCCUUCUGGUGUUUCUUUGAUGGAGAAGGAACCUGAUCCUCUCCAAGAGCAACAGAGGAAUCUUCCUUUACAAGGUAUCAAUGAGUUUCAGGAACCAACAACUAAUGACAUGAAUAGAGUUGAAACAGAACAAGAGGUGCCCAAGACGGUUUCUACAAAAGUGCACAAAGAAGUUGUUGAUUCUGUAUCACACGAGGUUGAUCCAUAUGUUGAUGAUGGGAAAACAUCGAAGAAAAGAAAGAAAUCCAGGAAACAUAAGGUAGUCAAGGGUGGAACAGUUUCAAUUGCUUCAGAUGCUGAUCAUGUUAGAGAUUGUUAUGAUGUACCCGAGAAAGUAGGUAAGGCUGAGAACUCUAUUCUUGAAGCUGCUGAAAAGGGAGAUGUGAAAGAAGUGGCAGCAGCUGAUAGUCCGACGGCUUCUCUUUUGGUUACAGAUAAGGAAAGCGAUGAGUUUAUUAAAAAUGUGGUAGAAUCUGCACAGGAGACCACAAAGACUGAAACUGUUGCAGAAAACAGAGAAGGGAAACUGAGAAAGAAAACAAAGAAGAAGAAGCAUGGUUCAGAUGGUAAGAACACUGUACUACCGACACAAACAGAAGACAAGUGCCCUGAUGAAAGUAUUCCGGCUCCUACCAUGGCCAACAUUUGUGGCACAGAUUCUUCUACAUUCCCUUAUGAUACUAAUCUGCAAAAUCCGAGUCUCAAAGACUCAUUAGAUAGAGCAGAGAUCAUGUCUCCUCCAGAGGAAGUUGGCGGCAAUGUGAAAAAUGCUAGCGAGGUUGAUGGAGUCGACAUCAGCUCUUAUUUCAUUCCUAGAGAACAGAAUAAGAAUACUGCUGAUCCUAGUGAGGUUACCGGAGCUUGGGCUGAAAUGAAAAGUGAGAAGAGUGGGGAAGUGCAAGAGGCAAACCUGCAUGACAUCUCUCCCAAGUUAGGGUAUCCAACUUUUAAGGAGAAACUUGAAGCCCAUUCAAAGCCUCAGGAAAAGAAAGCAGUACCUGGUAUAGUAGAUGAGCAAAAACCUCAUUGUGAAGAGGCUCAAGAAUCAAAUGCUAUGACUCGUCCAAUUGGUGGCAUGCCAAACAAGUGCUUAGAGGAACAUCAUUCUGAGAGUUUGACAAACUCGAGUUCCCACACCAAAAGAGACAAGAGGGAUCAAUCUCAAAGCCAGCAAACCGAUGUGAAUGGUGGGGAAGGCUAUAAUGCUCAUCCAGGCGAAGUUGUGAAUGGCAGGCUUCAUCAGAAGCAGGUUGUUGCGUCAAGAUCACUAUUCAAGCAGACUCCAUUUGGUGAUGAAUCAGAUGAUAGCUUGGAAUCCUAUCAUUUUCCAUCUCCACCCCACCAUUCACGUGCCAGCCCCCCGGAUUCCGAUCUCUCCGUAUCUCCUGUCCACUCGGAUGGUGAAACUGUUGCAGGGUUCGACAGCAUGAACAGAAAUGGCAGUAGUGGUCGAGAAGGCAUGAAGACGCCGUUCUACUCAGGGGUUCCACUGGACACAAUCCUGAAAAGUUCAAAGAGAUACAGGAAGGCCAAGUUGGAUGCUGAAUCACAGCCUGAACAUUUUGUCCCCUGCAGUCCGAGCACAUAAAAUGGUCAAAUCGUGAAAUCCAUUGUCGCCACAGAGACGCAUAUUCUUUUGUUGAUCGCAGCAAGUCUGUUAGAAACCCACUUUUGGAUUAUUUUGGUAUUUGGACUUGUUUUUUUCGUUUUAUUGACUUCGGAUGUUAUUUGGUCGAUUUUGGCAUAUUCGGGUUUAUUUGGUUGUUUAUGGUAGGAGGUAUUAGUUUGGUCAUCUCUUUCUCUUCUCUUUUGUGCAGUCGAAUCCUCUUUCCCUUUCCUUCGAUUCUCUGUUGGCCACCCAUGACUGGCUGAUCUUUUUAAACACCCUUUCCUUUCCUCUUCAAUUACCCAUUCUCAGUUCUAAGGGUAGUUAUCAUAAAUGGUCACAAACCUUUGCACUUAGUACAAAAUGAUCACAAACCUUUAAUUUGUAACGAUUUUGUAACAAAAGUAUGAACUUGUA